AUGAUGGACAACUCUUCCGUUCCGCUGGACAGGAACUCCUUGGCCAUGAUCCCCAUCACGGAAGAGAUCGACUUGGAAGUUGCCAGCAGCAACGGUGACACCGACGAUGAUCUCUUGUCAAAUACGGGGGACCACCAUACUAACAAUACCAGCACCGAGAUUGCUCGCAACGAAACCAGAAUGGUCAACUACAGCAAGAUCCUCGUGGGAGUGGUCAUUCUGGUCUUGGCAUCCGUCAUGGGAGUGGUCACGUACCAAUUCGUCAGCAAUCAGGAAGAAACGAACUACCAAAAACAGUUUGACAAUGCAGCACGAGACAUCAAGGCAUCCUCCAUCCUUCGUGGUCGGGCCAUCUUUGACAACCUCGAAGGCGUCAGUGUCUCCCUCACGAUACAAGCAUUAACCUCCAACAUGCAGUGGCCGUUCGUCGUCUUUCCACACUUUCAAGUCACUGCCAUGAUCUCCAACUCCAUCACGGGAGCUUCCACCUUGGCCAUUUGUCCCAUUGUCCAGGACGAACAGAGACAAGAAUGGGAGAACUUUACCAUGGAUAACUCCAUGGCAUUCUUGGCUGAAGGGCACAUGUACGACGAAGAAGUUCAUCCAGAUUUCUAUGAGGAGAGUCGGUACUACAAUGAAACCAAGGUUGAGCUUCCCUUUCCUCUCCAGGCAUGGAAUGAAUCAGGAAGUAUGCCCUUUAUCUGGGAAUUCGGUCCUGGAUUCCAACCUGUACCCACCGCCCAACAAUCCUCAUACAUUCCCUCCUGGCAAAUGGCACCGGCCAUUGACUAUGCCUCUCCCAUUGUCAACCUAAAUACCAACUCAGAGGGAAACUCCACCUUCUUCAAUCAGGGUGUCAUUCAGUACCAAAAGCCCGUCCUGUCCUCCAUCACGACUGGCAGCUACCUCUCCAUGUACUAUGAUCGACGCUUCCAAGACAUUUACGAAGAAAUUCCUCACAGCUACGUAUACUAUCCUGUCUUUGACACGCUCACAAAGGACCGCCAAGUCGUCGCCAUUCUCAAUGCCUUUCUUCGUUGGGAUGAGUUCUUUUUCAAUGUACUGCCGGAAGGAGAAAAACCAAUCCUCGUCGUAUUGACCAGUACAUGUCAAGAGACGAUUACCUAUGUUCUACGCGGAGAGACGGCCGAUUUCGUGGGUGUGGGGGAUCUGCACGAUCAACGCUACACCCAUCUCGGCAAGUCGUCCGCCUUUCAGGAAUUGGGACGAUUGGACACUGUUGAUGGAUUCUCCUGCGACUACAGCAUGACCGUUUAUCCCACUGCAGAGUGGAGCGAAUCCUACUUUACCAACAAACCGAUUAUAUACAUGGCGGCCGUCGUCUCCUGCUUCCUGCUCACGACCGUGGUCUUUAUCAUUUACGAUUGUUUGGUGCAAAAGCGCAACCGAACCGUCAUGCAUACCGCCAACAAAACAAAUAGGAUUGUCUCUUCCCUCUUCCCCUCAAACGUCCGAGACCGUCUCAUGGAAGAAAUUGAACCCGAAGAAAAGAAACCCAAACCCAUGGCGUGGCCCAAGGCAUCCGAGCUGGCACGCACAUUUACCAGUUCGUUGGAGGCAUCGUCCAGCCCAAGUAGCAGCCUCAAUUCUCUCAUGACGAGUGAACGAAUCUUUGGCAGUCAACCCAUUGCCGAUCUCUUUCCGGAUGUGACAGUCAUGUUUGCUGAUAUGGUUGGCUUCACUGCAUGGGCCUCGGUUCGUGAUCCCACACAGGUGUUCACAUUGUUGGAAACCGUAUAUCACGCCAUUGACAUUGUGGUGAAGCGAAGGAGAGUGUUCAAAGUCGAAACUAUUGGAGAUUGCUACGUGGCAUGUGCAGGCCUGCCUGUUCCGCAAAAGGACCACGCUCUGGCCAUGGCCCGCCUAGCCCAUGACGUGCAAAACAGGAUGACAGAGGUCUCUCACGAACUCGAGUCUCGGCUUGGUCCAGAAACCUCUCAGCUGUGUCUGCGUAUUGGGUUGCAUUCUGGGCCUGUGACAGCAGGAGUGCUUCGGGGUGAAAAGGGACGUUUUCAGCUCUUUGGCGACACCAUGAAUGUGGCCAGCCGAAUGGAAAGCACUGGUGUUGCGAGAAAAGUGCACAUGUCCAAAGAAACGGCCGACUUGAUCAUUGCUGGUGGCAAGGGCAGAUGGGUCGUACCAAGAGAAGAUAAGGUCUUUGCAAAGGGAAAGGGAGAGCUCCAGACGUAUUUCCUUUCCAUCGAGCCAGAAUCUCGUGGAUCAUUGACGGAAACACUCAGCUUGGCAGCCAGCCUAAAGGACGAAGAGUACGAAAUUGAGACCUACUCUACACAGGAUGCUUCCAACCGAUUGCGGCUUCUGGCGGCCCUCGCACCACCAGCUGACGAUGUGGUUGGAAAGACCACGAGGCUGGUUGACUGGACAGUGGACAUUCUUGGAAGACAGCUUCGCCAAGUGGUCGCACAUAGAAUGACUCGAAAAUCCUUGUUCUCCAUCGGGAGUCUCGACAACACAGAAAAGCGCCCACCACAGUUCAAGCGCAGGAGAGGCGAUCUGAUGGACGAAGUAGUUGAUGUUCUCUCCCUUCCAAAAUUUGAUGAGAGCCUCUUUAAGAACUAUGUUGACCCAGACACAGUGGAGCUUCCGGCUGCGGUCGUAGAUCAGCUCAGAGAACUCGUUUCACGCAUUGCCAAAGCCUACAACAACAGAAACGCUUUCCAUUCAUUCGAGCACGCAGCGCAUGUCAUCAUGUCCGUAACAAAGAUGAUGACCAGGAUUGUCAACCCCAUCGAUAUCUCCCGUGAAAAGGGUCCCGAAUACAAGUUUGCCUCAACUUUGCACCAGUUCUCUUUUGGCCUGACAUCAGAUCCAAUCACGAGGUUUGCUGCCCUCUUUGCUAGUUUGAUUCAUGACCUUGACCACCCUGGAGUUCCCAACACGACUCUGGUUAAAGAAAACGAUCCUCUUGCGACAAAGUACCAUGGCAAAAGCAUUGCUGAACAGAAUUCUGUGGAACUUUCGUGGGGCAUUUUGAUGAAGCCUGAAUUUGGACAACUACGUGCUUGCAUCUACACAAACGAAGAUGAGCUGACUCGGUUCCGGUCCAUCGUGGUGAAUCUGGUACUUGCAACAGAUAUCAUGGACAAGGACCUCGGAGCACAAAGAAAGGAUCGUUGGGCUAGGGCUUUCAACAGCAAUGAAGGUCCCCUGCCUUCUCAAAGCAGCAAGGAAAACAAAGAAACGGAGGUGAAUAGGAAAGCAACGAUAGUUUUGGAGCACCUGAUCCAGGCCUCGGAUAUUGCCCACACAAUGCAACACUGGCAUGUCUACCGAAAAUGGAACGAGCGCUUGUUCUGUGAGAUGUACCAGGCUUACAAGGACGGCAGAUCUGACAAGGAUCCUUCAGAGGGCUGGUAUGAAGGAGAAAUCGGGUUCUUUGACUUUUACAUCAUCCCCCUGGCUAAAAAACUCAAGGAGUGUGGUGUCUUUGGUGUAUCAAGCAGUGAAUACCUUGGUUAUGCUGAAGCCAACCGCAAGGAAUGGGUUGACAAGGGACGGAAUCUUGUGAAGGUGUAUUUGGAGCGAUUCAAGCUACGUGAGAGUUUGGGUCCUGGUGGUGGUGGCUUGGCUUCUACUGGCGACUUGAUGGAGCUAGCAUUGACCGACACUACAGUUGCUGACAUGCCAGAAUCGGCGCCAGAACCUGCUUCCAUGAGUACUUAUUCGGAUGGCUCAGCAAUUGGCCUCGCACUCAAUGAAGACUCUGAUGUAUUCGAAGUAUAG